UCCCACUACCCCUUUGCAGAAAGGGGCACAUGCUGCCAUUGCCAGAGCAAGAUGGAUUGAGUGACAUAUUUCUCCAAGGGAGGUGGGGGGGGAGAAACGGCUGAAGCCCUUCCUCUAGCCCAAAGUAGAUGCCUUUCUGGCUCCUUGAUGUGGCCCUGUUUGCAAAUUAGAAAGCAUCUGAUGUGCUCUGGACAGGUUUCUUAGGACUCCCUCUUGCCCCUGGUCCCAACUUCUAUGCAUCGCUGCACUCUGGUCCUUGCAGUCUCUUUCUUCCUCCUGGGGCUGGGAGUUUGGUUUGGCACUUUAGGCCCCUCACGUAGCAGGGUGAGCUGUGGAACAGGCACAUCCCUCUCCCCACCACGCUUCUCUGCUCCAGCUCUGGCAGGAAAUGGAGGGAACGCCCUGGCUCAUAGAUCAUGUUUGCUUGGAGAGGCCCGGGGGCUACGGGAGCCCUGCGUGGGAGAGGCGAGGAGGAGCAUCCCAGUUUGACGACAGUAAUUUGCACUUUGAACAUGCUUCGUUUUUGUGUUGUGGUAACAAGAUUCGUUAUUUAUUGAUUAAAAAAGGGUCGGUAUUCUUUAGUUAUGUUUGUAGGGGUGGGGGUGGAAGGGGUUCAGGCUGUUUCCCAGGCUCCUUCGCACCACCGAGCUGCGGGGAGCACGUGGUGCCAUUGGAACAGCAGCUGGGAGAGCCGAGGUGAAGGCAGCCUCUGGAGUCAGAUGUGUCUCACAGCUUUUCCAGAGUAGAGGGAGAGCCCUUGAAGAGCCUGUUUGCAGUGGGAGCCUCUGCAGCAGUGUUUUAGCAGGAGGAUGAGUGUUGUGCCAGGCCCCAGGCGCGGAAGAGGGGGAGAGCCAGGCCAGCAGACGUGUGAGUGGAGCUCCCGGCUGGAAUGCACCAGCUCAGCAGGGGAUUGUCCUCCCCGGGCCGGGCAGGCGCCGUGCCCUGAGCCGGGUGCCCCGGCUGCCCGCGCCAUGGCUGCAGCAGACAGCGCCUCAGCCACGCUCCGGCGCCGCGACCUGUGCAGCCGAGGCAUCCGCCUGGCAGGGAAGAUGCGCUCGGACGUCGUUGACCUCCUGGACACCUACGUGGAGCAGCAGGGCCUGGAUGCAUCGGCCAGCGUGGCGGCGGUGGAGGGGGUGCCGGUGGCAGCGGUGGAGCGCUGGGAUGAGCAGACGGGAACCCAGCGGCUGCUGGAGAACCUGGCAGCGUACCGGGCAUUCCGGGCCCUGCUGGCGCAGAUGCUGGACGAGCAGCAGGAGCAGCUGGGGGAGGCCGAUGCCACACUGGGCCCGGCACUGGCGGCCGUCCUGCUCCAGGUCUCGGCCUUCACCUACCACCUCGAGGAGCUGCUGCGGCUGGAGAACCGCGGCCCCCCCGGCGAGGAGGCGGCCGUGCUGCCCAUUCCCCCCCAGCUCAGCCUCUUCGAGAGGAAGCUGCGGGGCCUGGGCGUGCUGCGGGAGCUGGCCCAGUGGGCAGUGAGGUCUGUGCGGGACCUGCGGCAGCUCGCCAAGCCCGGCCCGGGCAGCUGCGCAGGCCCCAGCCCAGCCGAGAGCCCUUGAGGGCAGGCAGGGGGCAGGGGUUGGAUCCUGCAGAGUGGGGGGCUCCUUGCCCACCUCUGCAGAGCUGUUGACAGCAGAGGGGUGUGUUCCGGGAGGGGGGUGGACGGGAGGGACCAUGUCACUGAACCCUGGCCCCCCACGCUCUUGGUGCUGUUUCCUGUGGGGAAGCUGGGCAUGGACCGCACUCUGUGCUGGAGGGAGCGAGGAAGCUGACGUGGGGCGAGCCUCGGGGGGUGCAGAUGUUCCCUGGGAAGCAGCUUUGCCGCUUGCCCCAGGGCCGUGCACCCCAGUGGGCUGUGGCAGUGUUGGCCUUUCCUGUGAAGCCUGGUCAGUGCCUGGCUUGCCUUGGCUGGGCGGGCAGGAGCUGCCUCAGGGCUGUGUGGAGGCAAGGCUGGAGUGAAGGGACAGAACCGUCACCUGGUGAAGGAGCCUCGGGACGUGCCCCCAGCUGCAAGA